CUCUGUUGCAAAUGUUAUUUUAGGUGCUUAGUGGCCCAAUGAGCAACUGGUAUAGUGGCAACUGGCUUCUGCCGGGACUGCCGUCUCCUCCGCCCCUCAAACAGUCUGUCCAGAUGUUCCUCUCGUCCAUGAAGCCAUGUCUUUCUGAGGAGAAAUACAAACAGGCUGAAAUGAUGGCAGAGGAGUUUUUAAAGAAAGAGGGACCCGCACUACAUAGAAAACUGUACCUAAAGUCGCUGUUCAGUCGCAACUGGCUUGCCGGGUGGUGGAUAGACUACGGAUACCUGGCCACCAGGAGUGAAGUGUACAGGGCGUUCAUGAAUGGGAUAGGACCCAACUGCAAUUUGGCUUCCGACUGGGCAGACAGUGCCGGUAUAAUUGUCUAUGGUUCAUAUCUCUACUUCGUGCACAAGUUGGCAACGAGAGAACUGCCACCAUCAUCGAUCAAGAAUAUGAUCCCCCUAGAAAUGAAGUACCUCAAGUACAUAACCGGAGGUUGUCGCAUUCCGAGCCAGGAAGGCGUGGACUCCUUUCAAUGGACCGAGGCAUGGAGAGAGGCCUAUGUAGUCGUGCAUAUUAAGGGCAGAUACUUCAAACUGUACCUCCAUGACUCGAAAGGACAACAGUUGAAUCCGUCUGUGCUAGCCCAGUUGUGCAGGGAAAUGUACGAUGCAGAUGUGAUGCAGAAGAAUGCUGAUCAAGACUUUGACCCCUGUCUGUUCACGUAUCUGAAGAGAGUCAAGUGGGCGGAGCUGCGAGAGACUUUGUUGCAAGACAAACAGAACGAACAGAUGCUGCAAACUAUCGCAAAGUCGGCGUUUGUGUUGCACGUAUUGGAUGGGGAGUCGUUUGAUGAUGCUAUGGAAAGUAUGGGCGACACCCAACUGCAGAUGUGGUGUGACAGGAGUCUCAACGUUGUCAUUAACAAAGGCGGCUAUGUCUACAUAUGCUGUGAGCAUUCCCAUUGCGAUGCAGUUCUGCUUGCUUCCAUUUACUCUGACAUAUUUCUGAUUGGCAAAACUCAACUGGUAACUUCCGAGGGAAAACUAAACGUCUCCAAAUUCGUUCCAAACACCUACUUCCCAGAUUAUGAAGAAUUACAAUGGAAUUUACAACCAGAAUUACGUACUAAUUACGCAACUAUCAAAUCUGAAGUGAUAGAUAAUCCGAACUUGAAAACUCGUCUUUGCGUCAAACGCGUGAGUGUAGAUAAAAGCUUGAUCAAGGCCAAUAAAAUGGGCCCGGAUAGCUUUUUCCAGAGUGUCAUUUUCUGGGCUUACUAUAAGAAACAUGGGAAAAUUGCAAAUGCAUAUCAGCCUGGUACUCUAAUGUCUUUUAAAGACGGCCGAACGGAAAAUACGCGGCCGCUCAACCAGCCGAAAGUGGACUUUAUCAAAGCAAUGGAAGAUUCUAGCUUGCCUGAUGCUAUGAAAGUAGACUUGCUGAGAAAGUCGGCUAAUUAUCAAUAUUAUCAGACAAGAUUGUCAUCUGUGGGAGAAGGAUGCGACAGACAUUUGUUUGGGCUGUACAUCAUUGCUAAGGGAACAUCAACGCCCAGCGAGUUCCUCGACUUUGUUUUCACUGAAGGAAUGGACUUUCCACUUUGCACUAGCGUUUGUCCCACAACUAUGCUUCCCGAAGUCAAACAUUUAAUCGAAGAUGACGCCAAUGCUAAUUUCUGUUCAAUCGGAGGCCAAUUCAGACCAGUAGAUCCAAAUCAGUAUGGAGUAGUAUACAUGGUUGUAUGCCAGAAUGAAAUGAACAUUACAGUUACUGAUCUGGCCUGUUCAGAGGAGACGAAUGCGUUUGAAAUGGGCGACACAAUUCAACAGUGUUUCUACGAAGUGUUCGACUUGUUGAAACGAAAUAACGACCAAGCUAAAAUGGAGCGAAGGUGAAUUUUCGACAGAAUAAACUUGAAACUUGAAAACAGAUGCAGUAUAGCAUAACAUUGUUCCGACCACUUCACAAAGUAACGGAACUAUGGCGUAGAAUAAGUUUUGUUCCAGCCGAUUUUGUCUGCCUCAAUAAAAUCUGAGUCAUUCAUCUGUGGUAUCUGAUGUAAACCCUUACAGCUUGAUUCGGAGUGUAAACAUUACGUUCAAAAAAUUUAA